AUGUUCCCAAGGUCAACUCGCAAGGCAAACAAUGUGUUUGAGAUCAGUCUGGCCAGUGUACCACAGUCAAAGAACUCCGGGCGAGGAGGUACCACGGCGUUCGAAUUGCUCGUCCUGAAAACCGAUCAAUGGCUGACCAGUUUUCAAGACAAAAUCCAGAUCGAAGAAACUAAACACUUUUAA